AAUUCACAGGGUAGGGUUUGAGAUUUUUGCGUUAGCAGUGGAUUUGAUUUGAUCGGGUUUUUCUUCGCCCUGAAAUCUCUAAUCUAAGCCAAAAACCAGAGGCCAAUCCCAUCAUCAAUUUCGUCCGUCGUGCAAGAAAGCACGAUCAAGAGUGAAAGAAAACAAAGCUGAAUCGUGACGUGGGUGGGGGGAUUGGAAUCACCAAUCGAGUCAAAGAAAUGGCGAAUUUGUACGUCAAGGCGGUGCCGCCGGUGGAUCUGAACCGCAACACCGAGUGGUUCACGUAUCCAGGGGUCUGGACUACCUACAUCCUCAUCCUCUUCUUCUCCUGGCUACUCGUUCUCUCUAUCUUCAACUGCUCUCCUGGCAUCGCUUGGACAAUCGUCAAUCUCUCCCAUUUCCUAGUCACGUAUCACUUUUUUCAUUGGAAGAAAGGAACUCCAUUUGCUGAUGAUCAGGGGAUCUAUAAUAGGCUUACAUGGUGGGAGCAAAUUGACAACGGAAAGCAGCUCACCCGCAACAGGAAGUUCCUAACCGUUGUACCUGUGGUCCUGUACUUGAUAGCCUCUCACACAACCGACUAUGAACAUCCAAUGCUCUUCUUCAACACUGUUGCAGUAAUUGUGCUAGUUGUUGCCAAGUUCCCUAACAUGCAUAAGGUCCGAAUAUUUGGUAUCAAUGGAGAUCAGUGAGUUGGGCCUGCAUCCUGAAUCCUCCCUCUUGUUCCACUGGUGUAAAAGCCCUGGACUCACCCUCCCUCCGUCAGGCGAGAUAUCCCUGAAUACAAGUCAGAAGACAAUCCAUAUGUAUUACAUUGUGCUUUUUUUUUUCUUUUCUUUUCUUUUACACAAGCUGUUUUUCCUUGGAUAUUAAAGGAAUAAUUGUGUUGGCUAAAUUUGUAUAGUAGAAUAUAUGUUUUGGGUUUGCUGAGGA